GCUUCCGCUUCCGCCCGCCUGGCUGCCGGCAGCCUUUACCGCGCCCGGCACAGGUAGAGGAGGCCUCGAGGGAGGCUCCGGCCCCGGCCCGGCGGCUCCGUUCCCGUCCCCCGGGCAAAAAACAGUGUGUCCGCCACCUGCAGCUCUCCUUCUGAGCCACUCCAGCUCCUCCGCUUCCCCCCGCCAGCUCCCGGGGCGGCUUUGGGGCUCCGCGCCCUCCCAUGCAGCGUCGGAGCUCAUGAGGAUGGAGGCCCGGGAGGGGGCGCGGGCCGAGCGUGGCUCCGUCUUUCAGGCCUUCUCCCUGCCCUCGGCAGCCGGCCUGCAGGAUGCACGCUCCCAGCCUGACACCAAGCUUUUACCUAACAAGACCAGUGAUUUUGCGUGCCCGGCCAGAAACGCAUCCUGCGCUCUCAAUUACAGCCCAGAAAUCCGCUGCUCCGAGAGCUACCGGGCAGCGGCGGAACCCCGAGCCUUCGGCUCCAGUGCCAACGGGCAGUGGCGGGGAUUGGCUUCGCUGGGCUCCGUGCCACCAAAGCUGAGGCUGAGCCGAGGCUCUUACCUUGAAGCUCGCAAAACCCCCAGCGGGACGUCCAACAGUUUUGUAGGAAAAUCAAACCACCAUUGCCAUGUGUCGGCUUUUCCGAUCAAACCCGCUCAGAGUCCAUCCUGGAGCGGUCCAUGUCGUCGCAGCUUGCUUAGCCCCAAGAAAACUCCCCGGCGGUUCAUCAGCACGGCAGAAGAGACUGUUCGAGAGGAAGAGCGGGAGAUCUACAGGCAGUUGCUUCAGAUGGUCACAGGAAAGCAGUUUUCCACGUCCAAGCCCUCUUCGCUCUUCCCCUUCCAUCUGUCCAGGUGUUCCAAUUCCAGCAAAACUCUAGUGAAAGAAACUCCCAGCAAGAACUCAAAGCUGUUUGAAGCGCCCAGGGUUGUGCCAGCCAGUUCAGCAGCCAGCGUUCUUGGAGCGCCGGAGCAGCUUUCCCACAAACCAGCACUCUACUCUGCCUCCACUUAUCCCAGCAGGAGCUUUGAGUCCAGUAACUCCACAGCUCAGCAUCAGCAAGAAAUUCUACCAGCAUCAAAUUCGCAGUCAGAAGGGUCGGACUCUGUCAUUUUACUCAAGGUAAAGGAUUCCAGAACUCCAGCACCGAGCCUUCCAUUCUUCCAGGCAGAACUGUGGAUCAAAGAACUGACCAGCGUCUAUGACUCGCGCGCUCGGGAGAGGUGGCGGCAAAUCGAAGAGCAGAAAGCACUGGCCUUACAGCUGCAAAGCCAGCGGUUGCAGGAACAGGAACACUCAGUGCAAGAUCUGGUGGAUUUAAAUCUUCGAGUACCCCUUGAGAAGGAAAUCCCGGUCACGGUGGUUCCAGAAGAGAAAGAGGAUGCCAAGUCAGCUGAUGGCGAAGAGGAGUUCCCUGAGAUCACUGAGGAAAUGGAGAAGGAAAUCAAGAAUGUGUUCCGAGGUGGGAACCAGGACGAGGUCCUCAGUGAAGCUUUCCGGUUAACAAUCACUCGGAAGGACAUCCAGACCCUCAAUAACCUGAACUGGCUUAACGACGAGAUCAUUAAUUUCUACAUGAAUUUGCUGAUGGAGCGGAGCAAAGAGAAGGGGUUGCCAGCAGUUCACGCCUUCAAUACUUUCUUCUUUACCAAAUUGAAAACAGCGGGGUACCAGGCUGUGAAACGAUGGACUAAAAAAGUGGAUAUCUUCUCUGUGGAUCUCCUCUUGGUGCCCAUCCAUCUGGGAGUGCACUGGUGCCUAGCGGUUGUGGACUUCAGGAAAAAAACCAUCACCUAUUAUGACUCCAUGGGUGGAAUAAACAGCGAAGCCUGCAGAAUCCUGUUGCAAUACCUAAAGCAGGAAAGUCUGGACAAGAAGAGGAAAGAGUUUGACACUAAUGGCUGGUCACUGUUGAGCAAGAAGAGUCAGGAGAUUCCUCAGCAGAUGAACGGCAGCGACUGCGGGAUGUUUGCCUGCAAAUACGCCGACUGCAUCACCAAAGACAAACCCAUCAACUUCACCCAGCAACACAUGCCCUAUUUCCGCAAGCGAAUGGCCUGGGAAAUCCUUCACCGCAAGCUGUUAUGAUGCCGUUGUGCUGAAAGCCGCUUCCUUGCGCCAUUGUAUCAGAAGUGCCCGGAUUUGGCUCUGCCUCGUGACCUGAGAGCCGUGACGGCCACAGACCUGCCCGGGUCUCCACUCAAAGACACGGCAGAUGAGCUCUGCAGCAUAUUUUUGAUAACGCACCCUCCACGGACCAAGGGAAACCUUCAGAAGCACACUUGCUUUUUGGAUUUUUUUUGUAUUCUGAGACCCGUUUUUACAAGCGAUUUCAGGUGCUGAGACUCACGGGGGGCAGCUUCAGGCAUUCAAGGAACUUUGGUUGCUCUGUUUUUUCUCUGCUGGCUUCCGGCCGACGGCGUCUCUUCAGGAGGGAGCCUGGAUUCCAGGGGAGGGGAUGGCACUUAACAUGGCUUGGGAUGCUCUGCGCACUGAGUCGGGUGAGAAAACCCUACCUGGGGAUGGAUAGCGGGAAGAUUUGCUUGCAGAGGACUUGUCCUUUGCUCCCGUAUUAUCUCCCCGUUGUCCUCAAAGCCAGCGUUUUCUAAUCCAUCACAAACUCUCCCCUAAUCCUACCACGAUAACCCAGCAUUCUCACUUCUUGGCACAGCCUGGCUGGGACCUUCGGACAAGAAGCGUCCCUCGAGGGUGGCAACCAGAGCCAAAUGAUCUCCAAAAGGCACCGGUUUGUUAAACGCCACUUUUGCCAAGUCCUUUUCUGCCCGAGGGAUUUGUCUCCCAGUCCUUUAGCAGCAACUGUUUACGAAUAUUCAGGUACAAAACUCAAGCAGAGCCGUCGGAUCGGUUUGUAAAUAUUCCCGACCGUUUAAUCCGGAGUGACAAAAGAACAAAGUCUUGCGCUGGGUUGGGGUUUUGCUUUUCCUGCCUCCUUGUGGGAGCUGGGGCCGCAGCUUUGUCCUUGCGCAGGGGGGCCCUGGCCAAGCGGGAUCAAUCGCUCCUCUCUCUCUGUGAUGUUUUGCACAUGUUUUGCCUGCGGAGAAGGGCUGAGGCGGGGUCAGAGGUUGUAGCGGGAGGCCGGGAACCGCAGGCAAGUGCUUCCAAAGGCAUCUCCGAGUCUGUUCAGGACGAGCUGCGGCCCCAUCGCUCACAGAGGGAAAAAGUAAAACAUUCAGAAGCACCGAAACCCUUCCCAAAAUGGGAUUUUUUUGGGGGACUGUGCGGUGCUUCCAAACCCUUUACCCUGGGCUCCGGGUGGUCCCAAAGGGGCCGUGCUGGCAUUUUUUCACUGGGUUAAUUUAUUCUCGGUGCGCUGUGGGAGGAAGCAGCCAGGGUUCGAGGAGCUUCCCAACCCUCCGAACCUGCUUCUUUUCAUGUACAGAACCUUUUUACGUACAAGUAAAGAAUGAAAUUAUCUCCACUUUUGUAUUUUUGUCUCCAGAAAGAGAGAGAGGGAUAUUUUUUACGUUUUUCUCUACCCGUAAGCAGUAGUUUUGUACAAAAUGCCUCCCUCGCUCCCGCCUGGUUGUGGUCUUUGUAGGCUGGUUUUUCCCCUUUCCCCUCUCCCCUCUGUGUGUUUUAUACUGAGUUCAUUUAUUACGUUUUUCUAUCUUUUACUGCAAGUAAAAAUCAAAGCAUACAAAACCCCCCAAUGUAAUGAAUCUGUU